AUGGAUAAUGAAUACGAAUCAAUAAAUCUAGCGUCAACUCUCAAGAGUGAAUUGAAAGCGAAAUCGCCAAGAAAUCAUGCUCAGUACCAACAACAGGUGCCAGUUUCGGAAAGUGAAAGUUAUGAUGACGAUGAAUUCGAGCAUGAUCCAGAGGAGUUUAUAACAGACAAACACGGGGAUCUUCCAGAGGAACCUUGUUUUAAGAAGGACAUAUUACAUCCCAGUGGUCAGUCAGAUGCAAAUUUAGCAGAUUCCGAUAACACAUUGAAAUUGGGCCUGUUGCAUUUAUCGGAGCUUGUGCCACCUCUGAACAACCAAAACUUUAAUGAGCCAAUACAGUAUCUUUCAGGACGAAUAAGUACGCUUGAGAGACAGUUAGUGGAGCACACGCAAAACUAUAACACUUUAUUGAACGAUGGAAAUUCAAAUGUGACUGAGAUAAGGUCAGCGGUUCUGCAAAUUUUUCAUCAGUUGUCUGAAUGCUACUUUUCAUUAAAUGAGCUAUAUUCAAAGGACGUGUCGUAUACAAAAUCAGUGAAUACCUACUUUAACACUUGGAACUCGAAACGUGAUAGAGUUUUGCAAAAAAUAAAGAAAGCAAAGAGUAUCAAGAGUGCCCAUGGUGCCAAACUUGCUGAGCUAUUGAAUGAGUCUGCAGUUGUAGAUGACGAGAUUGGAGAUCUUCAAAAGCGGAUCGCAGUUUUACAGAAUAAAAAAUCAGUAUUAAACAAGGAGAUAGAGGACACCACUAGUGUUUUGGAGAGCAGAACUGCUACAUAUGGAGAGAAUUUGCGAUAUUUGGAACUGGAUGGGCGAGAAAUUUUACUAGACUAUUUAUCAUACAAUGGCCUACCUGAGUCUGAGCUAGCAACCUUGGUAAAGGAACAAACUAUAGAUCUCUCAUUCACCAUGCCUGAGAAAGUAAAUUCCAAUUCCGAAACCAAAUUAGAAUAUUCCAUAUCGCAGCCUAAGGCUAACAACAAUAUCAGUGCUUUCAGCGAGAACGAUGCAGAAAGAUCCAUUGGAAUGAAGCCUUACGAACCUCCUCCGGUAGCCACAUCCAAUAUUACACGGCAAAAUACCCCUCCUCCACACGACGAAUCGUUAAUGAAUCACGGACAUGGCCCAACGGCAUUCGAGAAAGGGUAUGCCACGGGUGCCCAAAAUUCGAGACUACUUAAAAAUCAAGUUCAAGGUUUUUUUCAUAAGGUUAUUCUGCAUGUUCCAAGAAGAAGCGAGACACCUCAACUCAAACCAAAUAGCAAUACAGCUACAACUUUGGAUGUAGGGCCUAUUACCACCUUUCUACGACUACGGGUAGAAGCUUUAAACGAUCAAGUGAUAAAUACAUCCAAGACGGCAGCACUCUACCAUGAACGCAACAAACAAUGGGCUCAAAUACAACAAUUAAUGACUUCACAAGAGGAAAAGCUUGAGCAAAUUUUGAAAGGGUCUAAAGCUGAUGGUGAUGCUACACCUGUACUACAUGUAUUGACUCAAACUAGAGAUCAGUUAGAGCUGGCUGCCAAAUUAAUUUCUGAUGUGGACUCGCUGGAAAUUUUGCUGCAAUUGGUCAACCAUGAGAUCACCGCAGUUACCGAGGCAAUACUUAUUGUGUCCAAAGAAGGUCAUAAUCCAGGAUCAAAGCAAUUGAAACAGAGUUGA